UUUUUUCCCUACAUGUCCUCCACUAACACACAGCUUAUUCGUUCAUUUCUAUACUUCUCUCGUUUCUGGCUUCUGCGGCAUUGACCGCUAUCAUCAUGAAGCCAUUUGCCUUUCUAUCGCUCUUCGUCUUCUUCGGCCUCGUCGCUGCUUGGUCCAAAGAAGACUAUGAGAUUUUUGGUUUACAAAAUGAUGUGGCCACAAAUGAAGGUGCCAAUGUGACCUUCUACGACCUCCUCGAGAUCCGUCCCAAUGCCAAUCAGGAACAAAUCACCAAGGCCUACCGCAAGAAGUCGAGAACCAUCCACCCGGACAAGGUCAAGCGCGCCUUCAUCGCCAACUACGCCAAGGACAAGAGCAAGGCCAAGUCCAAUCAGGGGGUCAAUGUCAACAAGGGUCCUACUCAGCGCGAGAUUGACGCCGCAGUCAAGAACGCCGACGCCCGCUCUGCCCGUCUGAACCUCGUCGCCAACGUCCUGCGCGGCCCGAACCGUCAGCGUUACGACCACUUCCUCAAGAAUGGCUUCCCCCUGUGGAAGGGUACCGGAUACUACUACUCGCGCUUCCGUCCUGGUCUGGGCUCCGUGCUGGCGGGUCUGUUCCUAGUUUUCGGCGGUGGUGCUCACUACGCCGCGCUGGUCCUUAGCUGGAAGCGGCAGCGCGAGUUUGUGGAUCGCUACAUUCGCCAGGCACGCAGAGCCGCCUGGGGCGAUGAAACGGGUGUUCGUGGUAUCCCCGGAAUCGACUCGGUCGCAGCAGCGCCUCCCCCUCCUGCCCCUGAAUCCGGUGACGCCGGUGCCAUGGCUGUCAACCGUCGCCAGAAGCGCAUGAUGGAUAAGGAGAACAAGAAGGAUAAGAAGGGAGGAGGAGCCCGUGUCAGCUCUCGUGCCUCUGGUACCUCCACCCCCACUGAGCAGCCUGCCAGCACUGGUGAGCGGAAGCGCGUCGUUGCUGAGAAUGGAAAGACAUUGAUUGUCGAUUCUAUUGGCAAUGUGUUUUUGGAAGAGCAGAACGAGGCUGGCGAGCGCCAGGAGUUCCUGCUCGACCUUGAUCAAAUUGCGCGCCCUACUCUCCGUGAGACAAUGGUGUGCAAGCUUCCCAUCUGGUGCUUCAACAAGACUGUUGGUCGGGUGUUGGGUACUUCCACCGAGGAAGAAGUGGAUUCUGAUGAGGCUGAGGAGCCCCUGGUUGACGAAGCUGAGACCACUGCCAUCUCAAACUCCCGCUCUCGGAAGCGUGGCAAGCGCUCCCAGCGAUCAUAGACUUGGACAGCUGUAUUGCUGCACCUCGGGCGUUUGUCGUUACUUUCUCUGCCCGGGCUGAUCACAAAAGUUCCCCAAGGUUGCUUUACUAUAGAAUUCCUGCUCGGAUGUUGGCAAUACCGAAGUAGAAACCAAAAUGUACACAUAAUCUUUUUUUUCUCAUGUCCAAUACUUCAAGACAAAAUGAUGGAGAUCAGCUACUGGUCAUCGAU